AUGAUGGGAAUCAUGAACCGAUUUGUUGAAAAAGACUAUUGUCAUGUGUACAAAGCAGACAUGGCAGAGAGUGGAUUCUAUGAUUUGUAUUCUGAUUUCAUUAUUGGCCUAGUAGACCCUAAAUAUGUAUUUUUACUUGCAUUUGAUACAGUAUCUGCUGCCAAACAACUGCAUAGCUUAAUACUCUAUAGUAAUGACCGCCUAUUACGUGAAAUUUUACUUUCAAAAUAUGAAGUAUAUGACGUUUCCACGUUAGAUUUCUUUGAACAAUGUUGCAUUUAUUACUUACAAGAAACUGGACAUUCCCUCAAUCAAAAAAUUGGAAUUGAUAAGAAGUAUUCGAGAAAUCGAAAAUUAAAGCAACAGCUUGAAUUAUUGGACGAUUAUAUUAGAAAUAAUUACAAAAGCAUUUUACAAUGGAUUAGAGAAAAGCGUGAAGAUGAUGGCUUGGAUAUUUCCUCACUUCUUGAUGAAACUGUACAUGAAGAGCAGGCAAGUACGAAUAAUUAUUCGACACCACCCUCAUCCUGCACAACCACAAACGAAACGAGAGACAUAUCCCAUGAGAAAAUUGAUCUAAUCAGUACGAUGUCAGAACGACUCUCUCUUUUCAAAGCAGUGUUAGUUACCACGCUGCUCAUGUUAUUGCUUGUUUUAUGGUUCGUCUUCUAUCUAGCAAGCUGA